AGCUACCAACACAAAAACAAACAUUACCGUUUGAUUUGAUUGAAAAUCGUGAUACAUUUAUCGUUGUGAUCAGUAUCCCGGGUAUUAAAAAUAAUGCUGAUAUAAGUAUAUUUAUUGAUGAAACCAACUGGAAAUUUAUUACAAUAACUGGUAUUGCACCAACAAAAAAAUAUAUUGUAAAAAAUUUACCAGUGGGAGAGUUUGAAGUAAAAAUUGAUUUACCACAUUGGUAA